CAUAUGGAGAAAAGUAAGAGCAUAGGUGUGAGAAAAGGUGCAUGGACAUAUGAAGAAGACAAACUUCUCAAAAUUUGUAUUGACAAGUAUGGUGAAGGAAAAUGGCAGUUAGUUCCUCAAAGAGCUGGAUUGAAUAGGUGCAGGAAAAGUUGUAGAUUGAGAUGGCUAAAUUAUUUAAACCCAGCUGUCAACAGAGAGAGUUUUUCUGAGGAUGAAGUUGAUAUGAUCUUAAGGUUACACAAACUUCUAGGAAACAGAUGGUCAUUAAUUGCUGCAAGGCUUCCUGGCAGAACAGCUAAUGAUGUGAAAAAUUAUUGGCACACACACUUGCGCAAGAAGAUGAUUUCAAGAAAAUCAGAUGAAAAGAAAGAAAAAGAAAAACCUAAAGAAACCAUAAAAGCUCAUGAAGUUAUUAAACCUCAACCUCGAACUUUUUCAUCUCAUUCACCAUUGUUGAAGGGGAUACCUGAUUUUGUGAAACCAAUAGGAACAUUUUCAUCUAAAAACCCUAGUGUUGCUAAAGAUGGUAACAUUGAGAAUACAAUGCAACCAAUUAUUGGUGAUGGAGACUUUGCUGCACCCCCAUCUCUUGGAAACUCAACACUGUCAGCCAUGUGGUGGGAAAGUUUGUUGAACGAGAGCAAUGAAAAAAUCGGCUCUUGCUCUUUAUUACAAGAGGAGAGAAAUUCCAUUUUGGAGUUACCAAACAUUGAGAAUUUUUUUAUCGAAGGUUCAAGUACUUUUGGUGAUUGCUAUUGGGAUUCCAACCUUUGUGGAUUUGACUCUCAUUUGGAUAUUUAAACUAGGUUUUUAAUCUCAUUGUUCAACAAGCUUUAAUUUGUAUUGUUCUCACUGCAUUAUGUGUAGUAUCACGGUAGAGGA